AUGAGUUUAUCAAAUCAUUCACUUCAUCUUUCUAAUUCAUCGUCAAAUCAUCUAAACCUAUGCGGAAUUCCAAUCAAAUAUUUAUCUCUCAUCACUCUAACUCUUCAAAAUAGUUUACUUACUAUUCUUUGUAAGUUUAUCCUCAUUUCUCCAGCUGCAGUCCUACUAAACGAGAUUCUAAAAUGUUUAAUCUCAUUAACCAUUGCGAUCUACAAUUCAUCAACUUCUUUCUCGACCGAUACUCGUUCAGAUGACAAAGUGGGUCAGCUUUGUAGUCGUGAUUGUUGGAAACUUUCUAUACCUGCUAUUCUUUAUGUCAUUCAGAAUAACCUUCAAUUCGUUGCAGCCUCUCAUUUAGAUGUAGCCACUUUCUCAGUGACUUAUCAACUAAAGAUCUUAACCACAGCACUUUGUUCGGUACUUAUGCUUGGUCGUCGAUUAUCGACCUACAAAUGGGUUUCACUCUUUUUCCUAGCCAUCGGAGUCGCACUAGUCCAAGUCCAAAACACGCCCUCAGCCCCACCUAAAGAUCAUCCAAGCAAUUUCGAAUCAACUGAUCGACUCAUCGGUUUUAUUGCUGUCACGGCUGCUUGUUUCACAUCAGGUCUAGCAGGCGUUUACUUUGAACUAGUCUUAAAAUCCUCCACAAAAGUAGAUCUCUGGAUCCGAAACGUUCAACUCUCAAUCUUUUCUCUCUUACCUGCACUCUUCACUGCAUUCUAUUACUCAUCAAAUUCUCAACAUCAUGGAUUGUUUGAUCAUUUCGGUUGGGCUGCUUGGGCUACUGUCUUGACCCAAGUCAUGGGUGGAUUAGUUACGGCUUUGGUUAUUAAGUUUGCGGAUAACAUUUUGAAAGGGUUUGCGACUUCUUUAUCGAUCAUCUUAUCAACUUUUGCUAGUGUGAUACUUUUUAAUGCUCCUCUUCCGCUUGGAUCGGUUAUUGGAGCUUCAGUAGUUCUUUUGGCUACUUACUCUUAUAACCAUCCUGUAGCUGCUGAUCGACCUACUAGUUUAACUGGUUUACCUAUUCGUAUGCCUCCUAAGAUUCCUACAUGGAGAGACCAUUCUGGGAACAAGAAGGAGGAUGGGUCUGUACCUUUUUCGGCUCCUCUUGGGAUCGGAAUCAGUCUUCAUGGAAUCGAUUCGAUUGGAUUUGGAAACACGAAAUAUUCAUCAGCUUUUCCUAGUCUUCAAUUUAAUCCUUUAACGACUUCUUCUUCUGAGGAUAAGGUUUUAUCUGGUUUGAUGAAUUCGAAUUCCAGAGGUUCGUCUGAUACUAUUGAACAUGCGUCUGGGGGUGGGUCUCCGGCUAGGUAUUUGAUGGGGUCGGCUCAUUCUAGAGGUUCGGCUUCGAGAGAGAAUGAUGAGGAUUUGGAACUGGAUGAGAAGAUGAUUUGAAGGGAUUUGAUUCAUAGGGGAUACGUACUUGGACUUAUUGGUUUCUUAUGGGAAACUUUUUAUGCGGUUUUUUUGUGGGGUUUAGUUUAGGGUCUUGCUUGAAGAUGAUUUGGAUCAAUGAAGGGUAGAUGCAUCAAUAGGAAAUCAACAAUUAGAUUUGAUGUGUUUUUUGUUUUUUUAACUUUCUUUUUUAGGGUUUUUUUCAUUGAGUGAAAUCAUCAUGAACUUUUAAAUUUUUUUUGUAAUCUUAAGAUUUUGGUUGAUGUUUGGUUUUUGGUUUUUCUGAAUAAAACUCACUGGUGUUUUUUCUUUCUUUUUUUUUUUGGUUGGGUUUUUUUGGUCACUGCAGCAGUAUAUGUGAAGAAUGCAAAGUAUUUUAUGUCUUGAGGGGGGUU